GUUUUGCGAGGGGUGAAAGGUCACGCCGCCCGCCCUCCCUCCCGCCCUCCCUCCCGCUGCCUGUGCCCUGACCGGCUGCGGAGAAUGGCGAGGAAGCGAAGCGAGGAGGGCCGCGGGGUCUCGGCGCCGCUUCCCAAUGACACGGCCCGGCAUGAGGUAGCGAGGGACGACGCAAGGGAUACGGCAGAGAGCGUCCAAGAGGUAAAGCUACUGGAAGCAGGGUCAGCCCGGAAGUCUCUCCUCAUUCUUCUUUGCAUUUUCCUGUCUGCUGCUUCGGUUAUGUACCUCGUGUACGCAAAUUUCCCAGAGCUAAAUGAAGAGGAGCGAAAGACAGUUACGAUCCCGAAGAACAUGGAUGAUGCCAAAGCAUUGGGAAAAGUUCUUUCCAAAUAUAAGGACACCUACUAUGUACAAGUAUUAGUGGCAUAUUUUACUACUUAUAUCUUUUUACAAACCUUUGCUAUACCAGGCUCCAUAUUUCUUAGCAUCCUCUCAGGAUUCCUGUACCCGUUCCCACUCGCCCUGUUCCUUGUCUGUCUGUGUUCUGGUCUCGGGGCAUCCUUCUGUUAUAUGCUGUCAUAUCUAGUUGGUCGACCAAUUGUCUACAAAUAUUUGACAGAGAGAGCAGUGAAAUGGUCAGAACAGGUUGACAAGCACAGACAGCAUCUUAUUAAUUAUAUUAUCUUCUUGAGAAUAACUCCUUUCCUGCCAAAUUGGUUCAUUAACAUUACCAGUCCUGUAAUAAACGUUCCCUUGGGAGUCUUUUUCAUUGGCACAUUCCUAGGCGUAGCACCUCCAUCGUUUGUGGCAAUUAAAGCUGGCACAACUCUUUACCAGCUUUCAGCAGCAGGAGAGGCAGUUUCCUGGAAUUCGGUCCUUGUUCUCAUGAUCCUGGCUGUCCUCUCCCUUCUCCCCGUGUUACUUCACAACAAGCUCAAGGAGAAGUUUUCAUAACGCCUAUCAGUUCUUGCAUCCAAUACAUCUCACCUCAGGUGUCACCUUGAAAGUUACCCUCAGUUGUGUGGAGCCCAUUAUAUAUCCACUGAGUUGUAGGGAAAGGCAAACAAACCAGCAUCUCAAAGAUACAUCACUAUUUGAUUUUUUUUUUUUGCCUCUUAAUGAUAUGUAUACUUUUUUAAAAAAACAAUCACGUACGUCAUGUCUAGGUAUCAGUUUUAACCCCUCUUUAUUUUCCCCACAUAAUUGUAACUAUUAUUAUUGCAUAUUUUGCCACGGUUGUUGUUUUAAAAAGGACUGCCUAAUAGUUUUUCUACUCUUUUGUUUGUCGCUCACAGUUGAAUGUAGCUGAAGCAGUUUGAACUACUAUUGGAAUUAUAGCAAGUCCUUUUUAGACGUGCUGAGUGCAACAUGGUGUUACCUUGGUUGCAGAAAGCUGUCUACACUUUUUUUUGUAAACCCAGGCUUUCUUCAUGCUUGCGGUAUUGUGUGGUGAAACAUUUGCUUAGAUUUUAAAAUUAAUUUAUCUUGUAUGUGUGUAACAGUAUUAAAAACAAAUUGCAAUAAAUGCUACACAUUCU